CCGGGCCGUUCCCGUGCUGUCUCCUCGUCGGCCUGGCCCCGUCCCCCUCUCUCUGCCCGGCGCUUGCGGGACGCCUCCUGGUCCCUUCCGCGCGGCCAGGCGGCUGUUGGCCCCGUCCUGCCUCCCCCGGGAGGCCGCAGCACCGGGCACGGCCGCACCCUACUCCCCGACCUGGGGCUAGCCCUCCCCGCUGCCCUCCCCGGCCUGCCUUUGCUCCAAGUCCUCCCCCGAGCUGGCCUGCCUCCGGUCCGGGGGGGUCCAGGGAGGGCGCGGAGCCUUGGGGCUGCUGUCGGCGUGGGGACGCUGGGGUUCAGCUGGAUUUGGGAGUGUGUGGGAUGUGGAGGUUCUGUCCCUUGAGCGGCUGGCUGGGUUUUUUCCUCUGUUUCCGUAGGUCUGACCCAGCUCCGCAACCUGCUCCCGGGGCCCCCGAAGGGGGAGCUCCGAGUGGGGCCCCCCCCGGGCCGCCCUCUAAUCAGAGCAGUAACCGUCGGCUGCAGCAGACGCAGGCCCAAGUGAAGGAGGUGGUUGAUAUAAUGUGUGUAAAUGUAGACAAGGUGCUGGAACGAGACCAGAAGCUGUCAGAGCUGGAUGACCGGGCAGAUGCACUCCAGGCGGGUGCUUCACAGUUUGAAAGUAGUGCAGCAAAACUCAAAAGGAAGUACUGGUGGAAGAACUGCAAGAUGAUGAUCAUGAUGGGAGUGAUUUGUGCCAUUGUGGUGGUGGUGAUUGCAAUCUACUUUUUUACUUGAAUGUAGCUCCUUCAAGUCUGCAACCUACUGUCCCCUGUCACCUUGCCUGUCUCUUCUUUCCCCCGAUUCUUAUCUUCCCUUCCACCCUAGCUUCUUCAUUGAUUUCUUUAUUGGUUUUAAUUUGUCUUCUGUAUAGCACUCUGAAUUGCUCUACUGAACAUGGUUAGAUUCUUCAACAGCUGCUGCAGCUUUAGGGAGGGUCCAUCUGAGUUUAGAGGAAAGGGAAGUAGAGGAGUGGGUAGCUUUUGCUCCUGCUCUUUUGCAGGGAAUUUUUCUGGUUUAUUUUUGGGUGUGAGCUUGUCAAAUAGUGCCUGUGUGGACUCUAGCAAAAUAAGAAUGCCUUAAUGCAGUGCCUUUGGGGAUGAAGAACUUCAGUGCGUGAGAUUCUUUAAUGUUCUAUCUAAAAAGAGUGGCAGCAUGUCUUAAGCUUUUCAUUGAGCUUCUGAAAUAAAGGCUAGUUUGUGUUGGUCAGUGACUGAGCUGGAUGUAGCGAUCUAGAUUUCUCUAGCUGUGGAGAGAUGAGCACUUAAAGAAAAAAUUUAUUCCACCUGUCCUUAUCUUCAGGUGGCUUGCUGUCUGAACAUGGCCGUUUUGGUGGUUAUAAAGGAGAGCCUACAUGAUUACCUCAGUCAAGUGCAACAGACUGAACACAGUUAAGUGAAAGGAGUUAUGUUACUAUCCAAAAGGCAUGUGUGGGAGUAAAAUCUCCUGCCACAAGGAACAAAGCAUCAACAGUGAGGAGCCUGGUAGGAGUUGUCAAAUAUUCCUUUCAUCUAUGCAGACACAAGCCAGGACUCUGCUUUCUACUAUCUUGUAGCUUUCUGGAAGACUUUGGGGUUGUGGCAGAAGGGGAAUGGGUGUUUUGCUUUUGUGUUACUGGAUUGAAUGUCAAAGGAAGUCCACUACAUAGCAGAUGAAAGUGAAGGAGACUGGAGGUAUUCCAGAUGAGACUGGAUGAGCCACAUAGCUUUCUAAGAAUACCUGUUCUGUUCCUGCUACCACAAAGCCCUAACUUUCAGCAGGAGUUAGAAAAUACUUAGAAUGGUUAGCUAGGGAUUCAAAGGGAGAUGCUGCUCUGGGCAUGGGUAUUGCAACGUGACAUCAGAUGUCCCAGUUUAGCAGCUCAGAUUUUGCCUAUCAAACUGAAAUCCUACUUGCUAUGGGUUAUCUUCAAUUUAGAUCCAGAGUGAUCUCUGUUGGAAGUGAACUUGCAGCAUGGCAUGCUGUGGCUUUUUAUAAACAAUGCCCUUGUUCUACUUCAUCAAAAAUAACAAGAGCUGUGAAUUGCCUGAAUGUGUUCUCAAACCUGGGGUUAAAUGAGCUGCCCUGUUCCUCAGUUUCUGCAGAGCCUUCUGAGGAAUGUACUUUUUUUUUUUUUAUUACAAGCUGAGCUGUAACCUGUAAUCUAGACUGGAAAGAGGGCACUCCUUCAAAUUAGGAAGCUCUACCUCGGUUCUAGAAUACAGUGGGAUCUGCCUAGGAUUAAGGGCAUGUAAGGAGGCAGGGGAGAACAUCACUGGCAUUCCCAGAUGGGAGUGAAGUACAAAAGAUGGGAGGAGCAGAUGCUUUUUGUUUCAUCUGAUGUGCCGGGGAAGCCCCUUUCCUUCUCACAGGGCACCCGGGAAGGGGCUAGGUUUUGCAUGCUCACUUCCAUGCCCCAGCAUUUCAUUUGCGCUGAGUUCAUCUCCCUGCGAUUCCAUCCCUCUCCACCUUGGGUGAGGGCAGAGAUGAAGAUCUGGAGUGAAGCAGCCCUCGUCCCCUGAGCAAUUCCCUAAUUCCCUGUGGAACUGAGAUAUGAUGGACGGUCAGAAGUGCAUCUACUGAAGAGGAGCCAGGGCCUGCUUGUACUACUUGCUGCUAUCAUUUUAGGGGGGUGGGCAUACAAGCUUGAGGCACGCAGACCAGCAGUUCUUUUGAACUCUUCUAAACAAGCCUUUGGUGCCCCAUUCCUCCUGUUUUUCUGGGAGCUGAGAUACCUCUAGGCUGUCUCUUCCAUUUCUUUCUCUUAAAUGUUGUAUGUUGCCUCCUCUUCUGCUCCCUUUCCCCUCCUUUGUGUCUCUAUGCAUGAGCAAAGCCCCCAAACACCAAGGCCCUCUGGGUAAAAGCAAGGGACUCUGCUGUCCACAGCAUUACAGCCACUCAGGCAUGUGCAGUUUAUUUCCUUCCUCUAUAAACACAACUGUAAUCUGCUCUGGCAUGUUAUAGUAAUCAGCUCAUGUACUUUAAAUGGUCUCUAAGAAACACAAUUCAUCACCUUA